GCGCCAGAUCCGACCUGUGCGUUGCGUCUAGUAUUCGUGGGUAUUUUACUCACAGGACUUAAGUACAAUACGUAACGUCCAGCAGGAAAUAUGCUUCCUGGAAUUAUCUUGUGCAGGAGAAUGUUCAAAUAUACUUCAACCAUCCAAGUCUGCAAUAGACAUGUAAGAGUUCAAUGGUGGCCGACGUUGGAAAAUCCAUGGGUCGACGACUCUUUGACUGAUGAUGAUCUACUGAAGAGAAAACCAGUGGAUUAUGAGAUUAGUCAAGCAGAAUAUGUAUGGGUAGAAAAAAUUUUGAAGAACACUAAAAUCCCGUUUCCUAAAAAUAUUGUGGCUCCUACUCCUAGUGGCUGGAUACCCCCAAUCCCUGAACUAUCAAAGGAUGUACCCUAUUCUGUCCGGAGGUCGAAAAAUCACAUGCUACCUGUUUAUUACACAGAAAAACAGAGAAAGAAAAAAGAACAUACACAUGGGACUCGACAGCUGACAGUCAUUAGGCAUGUUGAUGGAGAUAUGCAAGCUCUGGCUGAUGAUCUCCGGACGCUUCUUCAACCGAAAUGCGAAGCUGGGUUGUUUCUUUGCCAAGUAGAUGAAGUAACACGUUGUAUAAAAAUUGAAGGGUUAUUUCAAGAAGAGGUAGCUAAAUUUCUUCUUAGUAAGGGGUUUUGAGAGUUGUACAAAAGUAAUCAUGUAUAUACUAAAUAAACAAUGUUCUCGCUAUACAAAAUUUUAUUCUAUGACAGCUUCA